AUGGCAUCUUCAAAUACAAAUGAAAAUAUUUUUGAAAAUGAUAACAUAUCAGCAUCGAGCGAAAAUAAAUUUAACAUGUCUUCGAAUGCAAAUGAAGAAGCAAAUGAAAAACCUGAUAACGAAGAA